GCAUGCUCAGUUGGAACCAUCCCUCUGUGAGUGACUGUGAAUGUUUGACUGAGAGGUCAGUUUGUUGUCUUCAGACUCCAGAAUGUCUUCUCCUCCAGGAGGAUCACCUCUGCAGGUCCAUGCAGUCCGCUUCGGUCCAGGUCAGGAGCUGUUUGGGUCUCUGCAGGCAUUUGUGAAGGAGGCGGGACUUAGAGCACCGUUCAUCAUCACCUGCGUGGGCAGUGUCACCAAGGCGACGCUCCGUCUGGCAAACGCCACGGCCUCGAACACAAAUGAGGUUGUCCACCUGAGCGGUCGCUAUGAGAUCGUGUCCCUGGUCGGCACGCUGAACGCCGACGCUCACCUCCACGUCUGCCUGGCUGACGGAGAGGGACGGACGGUUGGCGGUCACGUGUUGGGGGAUCUGGAGGUCUUCACCACGGCUGAGGUGGUGAUCGGAGAGGCGACACUGCUGGAGUUUAGGAGAGAGAUGGACGAGAGGACGGGCUUCCCCGAGCUCGUGGUUAAACGGCGUUAACAGAGAAAUAAAGAGUAGAGAGGCUCACUA